AUGGAACAACGCCUACUGAUGAAAGCGAUUAAAAUGCGUGUUCAGAGUGAUUUUCAAAGUACAGAUACAUUGGCUGUGAAUACACAGAAUGUUGUAUUUUCAAUAAAUUCUAUGGUCCAACCACCAUCGAUUAUUCCUCCCUCCAAAGUUCCAACACUUACGAUUGAAAAAAUAGAACCACGAAAUUCACAACCACUGGUCAACUUUACCGCUAUUGUUGAAUGUCGUGUGAAAUUUUUUGAGGAUUUAGUUUACACAGCAGUCACUCUCGUGAUACAAGCAAAUCCAGCUUAUGGUAUCAUAAUUAGAAAAAAUAUCCAGACAGUUGGAUAUUUAUUAAGAACUAUGGCUCCUGUUUCGCCUUCUUACAUUACGAAACCAGAUUCAAUUACAGCACAACUUAAUACGGUAUACUUUAACGAAACAUGUACUGACUCUCAGUGUGAUAUAGCAUUUCGUUAUUCAGUAAUGCCAAUCACCACCAUGCCAUUCGUUAUCACCUUCAAGCUUUCCACCCUUGGAUCUGUGUUCACGAAGACAUUAACAAUCACUGCUCAAACUAACUAUUCUAUUCAGAUGGUAUGA